AUGCUGGUGCACCGUCCACCGAUCAUUGUUUGCAAAGCCUUUCUGCAGGAUCUCUCUCUCUCUCUCUUUUUCUCUCUCUCUCUCUCUCUCUCUCUCUCUCUCUCUCUCUCUUCCUACUUCAUCUCAAACACACACAAAUACAUAUAUAUUUUAUAUAGAAAUUUAAUAAAAAAAAAAUUAAAAUUGAUUUACUUUAUACGAUUUAAUUUACGCCACCCUUACUUCGUUUUCUUCUGUUGCCUUACUUCUCUUUUUUUCUCGUCUGUUCGUAUUCGCUUUCUUCUUCUCUGUCGUCUUUCUUCUCCUCUUUCCUCUCUGUCGUCUUUCUUCUUUCUUCUUCUAGUCUGUCGUCUUUCUUCUUUUCCCUCUCUUUCUUCUUCUUCUUCUUCUUCUUCUUUAUCGUCUUUCUUCUACCGCUUCUUGUCUGUUGCCUUCUUUCUUUUUCUUCUUGUCUGUUGCCUUCUCCUUUUUCUUCUUCGUCUUCUUCUUCUCAGUCUUCUUCUUCGUCUUCUUCUUCUCGUCUGUUCUUCUCCUCUUUCUUCUUCUCCGUCGUCUUUCUUCUCCUCCUCUGUCGUCGUCGUCGUCUUUCUUCUUCUCCUCCUCCAUCAGCUGCCUCGAAAAGUUGAAAUUUGA